CAGCCGCCCGGGACGCUCCGGCCUGCGGCUCGGUGGGGCGCCCCGCUCGCGUCCCCGGCGGCGGGGAGUAGUCUCGGCCAGGCGCCCUCCGCACACAGGCGCUUUCGGGACGCCCCCGCUUGAGGAGACGAGGCCGCGCGCUCCCCGCGACGCUUGCCGCUCUGCCGCCGCGUGUCUCUCCAGCACUUCAGCAGCUCGCGCCGCUCCUGCUCGGCGAAGGUCCCUGAAAUCGACUGGGGUUGGUCGCCGGGAGAAGGAGUCCGCGAGGCUCGCCCGCCCGCCGCGGAGGCCGGGCGCCCCAGUUAGGCCCGCCCCGGAGGCGCGUUUUCUAGACAGGCAGUGCCGUGGCCACCUGGCAGGGCGGUGUCGCCUGGCGACGGCCGGGUCCUUCCUGGCUCUGCGGCGCUGCGGGCCUGAGGGGAGAAAACCGCGGGCGGAGUGCGCGGGGGGUGGCGGCCGCGGCGCUGAGAGGUGCCCCUGGGCGGCGGCGGCGGGGACCGGGCCCGCCCCGGAGCCGAGCUCUGCGCGGGGGAGAGAUGCACGCGGCGGACAAGGCCCGGGUGGGGCCUGCGGCCGACGGGCCCGCUCCGCCCGCGGAGGAGGAGGGCGAGGGGGGCGGGAAGGAGCCGGAGGCGGCCGCGGCCCCCAGGCCCAGCGCCGCGUUCCGCCUCAUGGUGACCCGGCGGGAGCCGGCCGUGAAGCUGCAGUACGCGGUGAGCGGCCUGGAGCCGCUGGCCUGGUCGGAGGACCACCGCGUGUCGGUGUCCACAGCCCGCAGCAUCGCCGUGCUGGAGCUCAUCUGCGACGUGCACAACCCGGGCCAGGACCUGGUCAUCCACCGCACCUCGGUGCCCGCCCCGCUCAGCAGCUGCCUCCUCAAAGUUGGCUCAAAAACCGAAGUUGCAGAGUGCAAGGAGAAAUUCGCCGCCUCUAAAGACCCUACUGUCAGCCAGACUUUCAUGCUGGACAGGAUGUUCAACCCUGAGGGAAAGGCCCUGCCCUCAAUGCGAGGCUUCAAGUACACCAGCUGGUCUCCAAUGGGUUGCGAUGCGAAUGGCAGGUGCCUCUUGGCUGCCCUGACCAUGGACAAUCGCCUGACUGUGCAGGUGAACCUUAACAGACUCCAGUGGGUCCAGUUGGCAGAUCUGACUGAGAUUUAUGGCGAGCACCUAUAUGAAACUAGUUUCAGGCUUUCUAAAAAUGAGGCUCCAGGGGGGAACCUCGGGGAUUUUGCUGAGUUUCAGAGGAGACACAGCAUGCAGACCCCAGUCAGGAUGGAGUGGUCGAGCAUCUGUACCACUCAGCAGGUUAAGCACAACAAUGAAUGCCGGGACGUGGGCAGUGUGCUCUUGGCUGUCCUCUUUGAAAAUGGGAAUAUUGCCGUGUGGCAGUUUCAGCUGCCAUUUGUAGGGAGGGAGUCCAUCUCUUCAUGCAACACAAUCGAAUCAGGGAUCAGCUCGCCUAGUGUCCUGUUUUGGUGGGAAUAUGAGCACAGCAACCGGAAAAUGAGCGGCCUCAUUGUUGGGAGUGCUUUUGGGCCUGUGAAGAUCCUGCCCGUCAACCUCAAGGCUGUCAAAGGCUACUACACACUGCGGGAGCCUGUUGUCUUGUGGAAGGAGAUGGACCAGUUGCCUGUGCACAGCAUCAAAUGUGUGUCGCUUUACCACCCUUACCAGAAGUGCAGCUGCAGCUUAGUGGUGGCUGCCAGGGGCUCCUACGUGUUCUGGUGUCUUUUGCUCAGCUCCAGGGCAGGCCUGAAUGUUCAUAAUUCCCAUGUCACAGGCCUUCACUCGCUGCCCAUUGUCUCCAUGACUGCAGACAAACAGAAUGGGACAGUGUAUACUUGUUCCAGCGAUGGGAAGGUGAGGCAGCUGAUUCCCAUCUUCACAGACGUGGCAUUAAAGUUUGAGCACCAGCUGAUUAAGCUCUCAGAUGUAUUUGGCUCGGUGAGGACUCACGGGAUCGCAGUGAGCCCCUGUGGUGCGUACCUGGCCAUCAUCACUACAGAGGGCAUGGUAAACGGCCUCCACCCUGUGAACAAAAACUACCAGGUCCAGUUUGUCACUCUCAAAACCUUUGAAGAAGCAGCUGCUCAGCUCUUGGAAUCUUCUGUUCAAAAUCUCUUUAAGCAGGUCGAUUUAAUAGACCUGGUACGCUGGAAGAUUUUAAAAGAUAAACACAUUCCUCAGUUUUUACAUGAAGCUCUGGAAAAGAAGAUUGAAAGCAGCGGGGUCACCUAUUUUUGGCGCUUCAAACUUUUCCUCCUGAGGAUUUUGUACCAGUCAAUGCAAAAAUCCCCUUCAGAAGUUUUGUGGAAACCCUCCCAUGAGGACUCAAAAAUCCUGCUGGUUGACUCUCCUGGGACGGGCAAUGCUGAGGAUGAGCAGCAGGAGGAGGGCGCUUCCUCCAAACAGGUGAGCAAGCAAGAGAGGGGCAAGGAAGGCGAGGCGGAGGAGCCAGCGGAUGACUCCCUGCCCCCCGCAGGAGACUCAGGGAGCCAGGAGCCAAUGGAGGAGAAGCUCCUGGAGAUCCAAGGGAAGAUCGAGGCCGUGGAGAUGCACCUGACGAGGGAACACAUGAAGCGCGUCCUGGGUGAGGUGUACCUGCACACCUGGAUUACGGAGAACACCAGCAUCCCCACUCGCGGGCUCUGCAACUUCCUGAUGUCGGAUGACGAGUAUGACGACAGGACCGCGCGGGUGCUGAUUGGGCAUAUCUCCAAGAAGAUGAACAAGCAGACUUUCCCCGAGCACUGUAGCUUGUGUAAGGAGAUUUUGCCAUUCACAGAUCGCAAGCAGGCUGUCUGCUCCAACGGGCACAUUUGGCUCCGGUGCUUUCUGACCUACCAGUCCUGCCAGAGCUUGAUCUACAGAAGGUGUUUGCUUCAUGACAGCAUUGCCCGGCAUCCGGCUCCAGAAGAUCCUGACUGGAUUAAGAGGCUGCUGCAAAGCCCAUGCCCUUUCUGUGACUCUCCUGUCUUCUGAGUGUGUGUGGUAGAGGAGGAAAGGGCAUGAGCUCGCUGUGGAGAAUGCCCUGCAGCCUGAAGAGUGGGCGUGAGAGGAAGCCUUGGCCCUGCCCGGGAGAGACUUCUUGUGACUGAGGAGGGCCUCCCAGGGACUCAGUGUUCAAGCACACGCACCAUCAACGGGGACUAAGGAUGUCAUUUUAGAUGAACAGAUGCAGAGGGUUUGAGUCAUUCUGAGAUGAACCCUAGUCCCCAGCCCCUAACCCAAUGAAGAACACUUAUUUUUCAAGUGUUUUGAUGGAAGCAGUUUGAAUAAAAGGAAUGUUCUG